CAUGAAGGGGUUGUCCAAAUCAUUCUGUGUUCUUUUGACUGAAACACACUCUGUUAUCUGCACGUUAAAUUUUCUAAUGCUCAAUUUACACUCAGUUUCUCCACUAAUUAAGGAGAUCUCAAGAUUCAAACCGCUUUACAACAAAUACCCUCAAAACCCAUAUAAAGAUCUCAUAUACCCAAAUCCGUCUCUAGCCUCGAUCUUUCAACCAUUCUCAAUUUCAGUAUCUUCAAAAACUCAAAUAAUUGAGCAAAACAAAAAUCAUCAUGCUUUACACAAAAUUCACUUCAAGAUUUGUCUUUUUUAUCAUCAUUAUCUUUUUAUUACUCACCUUUACAAUCUUGGCAACUGCCACUGAAGAAGAAUCAAGAAUAAACCUUGAAGAAGAUGAGGAUAAUGAGUUACAAGAAUUAAUAGCAAUUGAUGAACAAGGAGUCGAACAACAAGAUCAAGAACAGCAAGGAGAGCAACACAAAGAAGCUGAGGUGUUGUCUAAGGCACAAAGAAUUGUUCUUGAGCUAAACACCGAUAAUGCUCAAAGGGUUAUUGAUGGGAAUGAAUAUGUGAUGAUUCUUGGUUAUGCACCUUGGUGUCCGAGAAGUGCUGAGCUUAUGCCGCAGUUUGCUGAGGCUGCUAAUAGGCUUAAGGAGCUUGGGAGUAGUCUUUUGAUGGCUAAACUUGAUGCUGAUAGAUACCCAAAAGCUGCUUCGGUUCUUGAUAUAAAAGGGUUUCCUACUUUGCUUCUUUUUGUUAAUGGAAGCUCUCGGGUUUACUCUGGUGGAUUUUCUGCGGAAGAUAUAGUAAUCUGGGCUAGGAAAAAGACCGGUGUGCCUGUUACUAGAUUAAACACAGUCUCUGAGGCAGAGAAGUUCCUUAAAGAGUACCAUAUCUUUGUUCUCGGUCUCUUUGAGAAAUUUGAGGGACAUGAUUAUGAAGAAUUUGUAAAAGCAGCAGUCUCUAAUAAUGAGAUCCAAUUUGUUGAAACGAGUGACCUCAUGGUUGCUAAAAUUCUCUUCCCAGAUAUCAUAUCCACUAAUUUCAUUGGAAUUGUUAAAAGUGAACCGGAAAGAUAUACUGCAUAUGAAGGGACUUUUGAUAUGGAAAAGAUAUCACAAUUUCUGGUCCACAACAAGUUUCCAUUGGUUACCAGGCUAAAUGAACUAAAUUCAGUCAGAGUUUAUUCCAGUCCCAUAAAACUUCAGGUUAUUGUCUUUGCAAAGGCUGAUGAUUUCAAAAAUCUUAUUGAGCCUCUACAAGAGGUUGCUAGGAAGUUCAAAUCGAAGAUAAUGUUCAUAUAUAUAGACAUUGCAGAUGAAAACCAAGCAAAGCCUCUGUUAACUUUAUUUGGGCUUGAAGAUUCACAAAACACUCUUGUGAUUGCGUUUGAUAACAACAUGAACUCAAAGUAUUUGUUGGAAUUGGAUCCAGCUCCAAGCAACAUAGAAGAUUUCUGCUCCAGGCUUCUCCAUGGCAGUCUGUCAACUUACUACAAAUCUCAACCAGUACCUGACAAUAAAGAAGCAAGUAUCCAGGUGAUUGUGGGGAAGACUUUUGACGACUUAGUGUUGAGCAGUCCCAAGAAUGUACUUCUAGAGGUAUUCACACCAUGGUGUAUCAAUUGUGAGACUACAAGUAAGCAGAUUGAGAAGUUGGCAAAGCAUUUUAAAGGCUUGGACAGUUUAGUUUUUGCAAAAAUCGAUGCUUCUGCAAAUGAACAUCCAAAAAUGCAGGUAGAAGAGUACCCGACACUUUUAUUUUAUCCAGCCAGUGAUAAGGCAAAUCCGAUCAAGCUGUCAACAAAAUCCAGCUCAAAGGAGUUGGCAGCAGCCAUCAACAAACAUUUAAAAGGCAAAGAACAAGCAGCCAAAGAUGAAUUAUAGAAACAUAAGGAGAUAAGCAGUAGUAGAAUUUAGCUACAAAGAGAAGGUGUGGGGCUGAAUGAGUUUCUACAUGGAAUUUUGGAGGAACAUUUACCAAGUCAGUCGAGUAAAUCUAUUUACUUGCUUGCAUUUGUUUAUACGUUUUUCAAAGUUAUAACAACAGCAAGCAGCAUUGCAUAAUAAAAGCACCCAGGACAUCUGUAGUUUGUAAAACAGACAUAUAGAUACUCUGCAUUAUGUCAACAUAACCAUAGAAACCAAAAAAUAGAGCACAGUAACAUGGAAAGAUUGGAUAUUGCUCAAUGCCUUUGUGGAUUUGGUCAUUGAAUUAGUUUAAAUAUAUAACACAAUGAUAAUUGAAGUUCCUUGUGAUUCCA